AACGGCUCUGCUGAGUGCGGAGCGGCUGCGCGGUACCGGCUGCGAGCGCGGGGCUUCCCCCGGCACCACCGCAUUCUCUGGCACCGGCGGCGCCACCACCAUGUCCUCCGAUUUCGAGAGCUACGAGCAGGAUUUCGCGGUGCUGACGGCCGACAUCACGGGCAGGAUCGGGAAGGUGCCCAAGCUGGUAGGAGAUGAGAAGAAGCAGAUGGUUGCAAAUGUUGAGAAACAGCUCGAAGAAGCAAGGGAACUGCUGGAGCAGAUGGAACUUGAAGUUCGAGAGAUCCCACCUCAAAGCCGAGGAAUGUACAGCAGUAGAAUGAGAAGCUACAAACAAGAAAUGGGAAAGCUUGAAGCUGAUUUUAAAAGGUCACGGAUCGCCUACAGUGAUGAGGUGCGGAAUGAGCUCCUAGGGGAUGACGGGAAUUCCUCAGAGAACCAGUUGAUAAAAUUACGUGAAGAGAGGGCACAUCUGCUCGAUAACACAGAGAGGCUGGAAAGGUCAUCUCGGAGACUAGAGGCUGGAUACCAAAUAGCAGUGGAAACCGAACAGAUUGGACAGGAGAUGCUGGAAAACCUCAGCCAUGACAGAGAGAAGAUCCAGCGUGCUCGGGAAAGGCUUAGAGAAACAGAUGCAAACCUGGGGAAGAGUUCCAGGAUCUUGACAGGAAUGUUGCGAAGGUAAGGCCAAGGAUCAUCCAAAACCGCAUUUUGAUCGUUGUUCUGGCAGUCGUCAUCAUCUUCACCACCAUAAUGGCUAUUUUUUUUUCUGUCAAGGGACGCUGAUACCUUUGUUCUUCACUAAACAGCAACAAACUGCUUGUUCUGAGUAAUUAAGACAAAGUGGUCACAUGAAUCAUUCUCUUGCACUGACAGAGUCUCCCUCUCUUUCCCACUAUUCAACUCAGGUGCAAGUGGUGUAAAGUAUUUUGUAUUAUUGAUGGCAUAGUCGAUGGCAUGUGGGGUUUAUUUUUUCUUAAACUUUUUUGCCUUUAUCUGAGUGUUUUCAGAAUCUUAAUAUUUGUUGGGGUGAGGGCUUGUUCCGGUAUAAAAAGGUUUCACGUGUGUCCAAUUCCCAGACAAUUAGCCUGUAAGUUGCUGAGUUUAGCGAGGGAAGAGGGGUCUUUGCACUUUUCUUGCGCUAUGUGGGGUGUAUGAAUACCAAGCAGUAUCUGACCUUCUGUGGUAUAGAAUGUAAGUAAAGACGAGACCAAAUGAUGAAGAAUGUGAACCUGUCUCCUGUGACUAACUCCCGGACAUGAAUUAGUGUAAGACAUAACCUGGUUAAGAGCAGCAGUUAGUUUGAAAAGGAGAGCAACCUUAGGAUGAUGUUUAAUAUAUGAUGUGAAUAUGUGUGAAUACAUACUCUAUUUAACUUUUUUUUUUUAAAUCAGGCUUUCUUUUCUGCUUAUUCAAAACAAUUCCACUUUCAGCAAGACCAUCAUAAAGCAUCAUUUGCCCAAAAUGCAGUUGUGACCACAGCCCAUCUCUUGGAUCUGUUUUAAAUCUCCCGAUGUUGUUACACGUACUGAUAAAUAUUCACACUAGGCCCUUAUUGAAGAUGUAUAAAGAUUUUUAUCUAUUCAUUGCUGAUUGAAAAGAGACCCCAAGUAGUAGUUUAUUGACAAAUAUAUGGUUACAGUGCAUUAAACAAAAAUCUAGAUUAUUAAUAUUGGCCUGACUAUGUUGAGACCGCAUGCUGGAAAUAUUUUUGGUGGAUUAAAUUCUGAUGUGAUAUUCCCCUUUUUAAACAGCAGCUGUAAAAAUGUUAAUUUAUACAUGCUUUUAGCUGAUAUAAUAUAUCAUAGUUUCAUCUACCUGUGUGCAAAUGAGCCGUGUUUCUCUUUUUCCAUUGGCUGUGCCUCCCCUAUAGACAAACCUAGAUCAUUUGACUUCUAAUUAACCUUACAACUCCAGCAAAGUUCUAUUUCUGGUGAUGUGGGAAAGUAAUUUCCAUGAUAACUUUUCAAUUCAUGAUAUGCAAUCUCUUACAAAUAUUACAGUUUGAGAGGGAUUUUAGGCCCUUCAAGUUAAACCGUAAAAUUGUUUCAGAAAUAUGUUUAAUGAAACAAAAGGAUGGUGGCUUUCAGACUCCCCCCAAAUUAGGUAGUAACUGAGCAUUGAAUUCUUACAUGUGCCUUCGUAUUUUCGGGUUUUGACAUCCCUGCAACUUGCUGUGCUGUCUCUGGGAGCUGAUUUGGGGAUACAUGUCUGGGACUUGAUUUUGGCCCCAAAUACAUCCCUGUCUUCUCUACGUAGAAAUUAAUAUCUCAGCUAAAAGGACAUUGGUACUGAUGCCACAGCUAAGACUUCAAAACAUGGUGAUAAAUGGAGAAUACGAGAAUCCACAAAAAUACAUUGCACGUUGAAGUGUACUUGGUCAACUGUGUUUUCUGAGUUUCAUGCAGUUCGCAAAUAAGUUCAAAAGUGGUUUCUGUGCCAGGUUUCUCUACUCGAUUAUGUCAGCGGCUUGGGGUCGUGCUGGUACAAGAGUUCCUGG